AUGUUCAACGAAAGAAAGCUUACGACAAGCCACGGUUUUGUGAAGGCGUACAGUAACAACUGGUUGUCCCAGCUGGGUGCAGUGUACAAAUACGAAUCGCCAAAGGAUGUGCUUCGCAAGCCGAACUACCAGCACCGCAAGAUCGCCCUCUACAGCAUCCUGGCGAUGGCGUUCGUGGCUUUCUUCACGCUCUUCAUGAUCGUGCACGAGGCGGAACGCAAGUCGCGCCAACUGGUGAUCGAGUCGAGCUUCAGCAACGAGACGGCCAUCGAACCGAGCGCUGGCAGCCAAGACACCAUCCUGACGACACCGUUCUCCUCCGGCAUCGGCAUGGAUGGAAAUGGAGCGGAAAGUCGUGCGGUGGUGAUGGAAAGCCGUGAGCCGGCAGUGAAGCGAACGCGUCGGUUGAGGUACUACGGUGACGGUUUUGAGCGGGUGGCUUCAAACCGAGCACCGGUCGGAAGAGAUCAGUUGGUAUUGCUUCCGGCCCGGUUCCUCAAGCCACCGCCUCCGGAUUCUUUGAGGGAGGGAAAUGUGGGUAGAAAGUGGUCGAGUGAAAGCGAGGAACCGUUUCGCGUUCGGGACGAAGCUGAACGUCGUCGAGAUGGUGGUGCACCAUCCCACCCCAAGCCAUUCCACAUUGCACCGAACGGGCCACUUCCGGUCGGGUUUCAGCAGCCGCAACAGGAACAACCGGAUUCGGAUGUUCAAUCGCGUGCGAAUCGCUCACUUGACUCGCUAGCGGCCGACUUGGGACCCUUCAGCAUCCAGGACAUCAUCCGCCAGCUAACGUUGGCGAAGAGGAAACAACAGCAGCAGUUCUACUACAACUAUCCCUACCGACCAUCGCCGCAGCCGUCGGAGUUUAACCAUCCGGUGCAUCAGAACCAUCGCGUCAAGUUCACCGGCAUCUAUCGACAUCCGCGCAAGAACGGAGACAUCACGACGGUGUUUGGGGCGGCAUCGCAGCGUCCACAGGAGGUGCACGUCCAGCCGCCGCAGCUCAUCAACCAGCAGCUCGGGACGGUGAGCGCCAGUAACCUUAUGCCGGACCGGUUGUACAACUUUAAGCCUCAGAACCCGAGUGAAGUUAACCUGCUCGCAACGGAGCAGUUCCGUUUUGCGCCACAGAAGGAAUCGACGGAAGAUUCCUGGGCAAGCCGGUGGCCCAAAGAAGGUAUGCCAUUCUCGGUGAUGCUCAAUCUGGAACCGAUGGGCUCGAUUGGAGGACGUCCCUCUGCCUAUCAGCAGCAACAACAUCCACAGCAACAACAGCAGCAACAGCAACGGUACAAGAAACGCUUCCGGAACCCACAGCGUCCCCAUCCCUAUCGGCAAGCGUGGGGAGGAUCCGGUGGAAACCACGGCGAGCAACACUUUGCUCAACUAUCUCCGUACCACCAUCGAUCACGUCCACAGAACAACCUCUACCGGGAUGCCUUCGGUCAGGCGGGAGGCGACGACUACGAGGGCGAGAACUACUUCCGCAAGGAAGGUCGAGUUCAGCCUAGGAUUCCGGCGUACGCAAGCCCUCUGAUUGGUCCGGGUCGGUUGAUGGUGCACUUUAACAUCUUUCCCCGACAGCAACCCCCCGCAGCGAGGCGCAAUUCGGGUCUUGACUCAGACGAAACUCGCUUUCAGCCGUCUUCCGGGUCGGUUGAGCUAAAUACUGGAGAGAAACGUACCGGAAAACAACUAAUUUCUGAUAUUAGCACGUCAACUGCCCAACCUGAAGAGGAACUUACUGCUCCCGCUCAAUGGAACCUCCAAGGAAGAACCGAGGGUCAAUGGAAUCCAAUACCGACGCAUCCCACAUUCAACUGGACGAGCACAUUUUCAACCGAACCCAAUCUUACGAAGAUCACUGUUGAGCAGCCAGACUCAACGGUUGAGGUGAUCAAGUCGAUUGAAAUUCCUACGCAGAUUAACUUCGAUCAUGUGCCGCUCGGAAGGAAUCCCCCACCGCCACUGCCUUCCUUCAAUCGAUGGACCGGAGACGAAGCAACAAUUAAACUUUGGAGUACUCACAACAACAUCAAACGUGCUUAA